CAGAAGAUUUUAUUGUUGUCAUUAGUGUGUACUCAUGGGAUAAACAAAUGGAAUCCAAUGAUAAAAAAAUCUCUUUUAAAAGAAAGAGCAGUAACAAUCGCGAACCUGAUUUUAGAAAAAGGGAGGAGAUGGAUCUUGGUCUUUCUUUAAACACCCGUCAUGACCCGAUAUCUUCUUCAUCAUCAUCUUCAUCUCCAUCUCCAUCUCCACCUCCAUCUUCAUCGCCUCAACUGCUACCUUCACAUCAAGAAUCAGAACUACUCCAAAUUGAAACCCCUCCGGAGACCCUCUUCCCUAAUCCUAGCCUUCUGCCCAUUUCCCCAGCAACAACUACUCCUCACGCCCCUUCUUUGCCAGCUUCCCCUGCUGGUCCUCCUCGCCCUCCACCUCUUCGCCCUCCACGUGCUCGGCGUAACCCUACUCAGGCUCCCCGUGAUGGUAAGAGCGAACAUGUCCCUCAACCUUUUCCUUGGGCUACGAAUCGUCGGGCCACCGUGCAUAGCCUAAAUACGUUGUUGUCUAAUAAUAUUGAAACCAUCACCGGUACCGUCCAAUGCAAGAGAUGUGAGAAGCAGUAUGAGAUGGAGUUUAAUCUGCAAGAGCAGUUUCGUAUAGUAGGGAAAUAUAUUGCUGAAAACAAGCACUCCAUGCAUGAUAGGGCUCCGGCUCGUUGGAUGAAUCCGAAGUUGCCUAAAUGCGAAUAUUGCGAGCAAGAUAAUUGCGUAAAGCCGGUGAUUUCUGAUAAGAAGAAAUCAAUAAAUUGGCUGUUCUUGCUUCUGGGUGAGAUGCUGGGUUGCUGUACUCUUGAUCAGUUGAAGUAUUUCUGCAAGCACACCAAGAAUCAUCGAACUGGGGCAAAGGAUCGUGUUCUUUAUCUCACAUACCUUGAAUUGUGUAAACAGCUUCAUCCCGAUGGUCCUUUUGAUCUCUGAAACAAGAGACAAACACAGUGAAGAAACUUGCAAUUAUUCUACAACUGAGAAGAGUUGGCUGAUGAGAGUUUGCAGUUGGCUACAUUUUUUUUUUUCUUUUUGCUUGCAGUUUGAACAAACUGGCCUGACAUGGUUUUGUUGCCUUCCCCUCCAUUUUUGCAAACUGGCUUGGGGAAUUUCAGCGGCGGUGGCAAGUCUCCAAGAGUUUAUUAGCUUUGGACUCUAUUUUGUGGACUAAUUUCUUAGGCCUCUGUCAAUUUUCUUGGGUCAUGGUUCAUUAUAGUAAUUGAGUUUUUAGCCUUGUGGGUCCACUAUAGUUCAUCAACUCAUCCCUUUGAA